UGAGCGUGAAAACCAACUGGUAUAAAUCUGCAAUUUUCACGUUUUCUGACACAUUUCGUGACUAGAACCGAAACGCUCAGCUGAAUUUUCAGUUUACCUCACUGUGCAAUCAUGAACUACCAAAUUCCUUUAGUGUUCGCGAUCAUUUGUGUCCAGGGACUGUUGGCAGCCCCUACCUCAAAUGCUCUGCCAGAGAAGGAAAAGGAAUGGCUAGCCACCGAGCUCAAGAACUUGAGAGAAAAGGGAGAAAUGUUCAAAAUGGCAAUGAACAACUACAUUACUGCCAAACCAGAGCUAGGUGACAUGAUCGACAAUCUCCUCGCGAAAGGUCAAAAGAUCGCAGCUGACUUCGAAGAGUUCCACGGGAAAGGCGCCAACAAGGGACUCGGGGCUGAGGAAGUGGAGGCUAAAUACCGCGAAUUUUACGACUCCCUGAAGCAACUCGAGAGCACCUUCCUCGCCGACUUCAAGGCUCAAGUAGCCACCAUCCCCAACGCAACCGCCCUCACCGCCGCAGUCCAGAAGGCUUCAGAAGAAGUCAAAACCCAGGCCUAAUUUCAAGCUUCAAAAAUCUACCUUUGAAAUGCCCCAACCUUUCAGAUGAGAAAAAUUCAGACCGGAAAAUCAAUUUGAACGAAUCCACUGACUAAAAAUAAUUUCAACUCAGAACCUGCUCAUUUUGUCCUGAUUUUAUUUAACUUUUGGAUGAAUAAAGCACCCAUAGCAU